GAGGCAUUGGGCACCCAGGCUGUGGCGACCCCAAUCUUAGUGAGCAAGCCAGGCGAGAAAGGGAGGCGCGCAGGUGUAUGGGCUUGCCUCGGGCGCUGCUAGCGUGCAAGCUAGGAGCGCAUGGUAUGCGUUGUAGAGAGGAAGCAGGCCAAGUGAGCGGGGCUGCUACGGCGACGAUCCAUGUUGGGAGAGCAGGCUGUGCGCCUUGGCAGUUUCGGGCAAGCAGGAUGGGUUCCUUGGCAAUUUUGUUAAAUGGGAGUUCAUGGAGGGCCCUCGUGCAAAAGCUGGGUGUUGAGGAUGUCGAGACCGAGAUGGUGACCCAUGCCGCAGGAACUGAGAUGAGGGGCGCCGGAGUGGGGGCGCCAUUGGCAUGGGGAGGCGCUAUGGUGUCAAAUGAGAUGCCCCAUGCGUUGGGUGCUAAUGGAGAUGCGCUUAUGGUGCUGGGCACUAUUGUAGAAGUCCCUAUGGUGAUGGGCACCGCCGGAGAGGAGCCCAUGGUACUGGGCGUUGUUGUCUGGCGAUUUUGUUGA